UUUUUUUUAAUUGAAGUUUGUUUGUUGAGAAAAUUAAGAGUAAGUUUAAAAUUGCUUUUUUAAUCUUGUUUAGGAUUGAAAAAUAGGUGAUAGAAUACAGAGACCAUGGAAAUUAACAUGGAUUAGAGGUGGAGAAAAAAAAAUUUCAAAUCGUCAAUGCAUAUUCCACAUAAUUUUUUGAAUUUAAAAAAAGAUUUUUUUUGACUGAUACAGGUUAAUAGUUUUUAAAAAAUUAAAGUGUAAUAUUUAAUUUAUUAAUUAUUUAAUUAAAUUUAUUUAUAUAAUAUUAAUAUUAAAAUUAAUAUUUAUUUUUAUAUAUUUUUAUAUAAAUUUAUUGAAAAACAAAAAACUUGUAAUUUACGCCCUUGUGACAGGUUAGAGCAAUGCUUAAAAAAUAGGAAUUCAUGGCAUGUCAACUCGCCACUGGGCAGUUUCGUUGACAGGACGAAGUUGGGAAAUAAAAAAUAAAGUUUAAGGAUAAUUUUGGUAGGUUAUAAAGUUCAGGGAGAAACUUGGUCAAAAAUAUUUAAAAAAAAAAAAAAAAACUUGGUCAAAACAAAAAGUUGAGGGAUUUAACGUACUAUUUUCUCACGUAUGCCCUGUUCGCCAUUUACCCCCUCGAAAAAAAUAGAAGUCGAGCCUCAUCUGCAGCCUCAGCGAUUUGGGUUCUUCCCUCAGCUCCUAUACCCUUCUCCGAUCCAGUCGACCUGGGGACACCCAAACAGGGAGAGCUCCGGAGAGGCAGUGAAAUCGGGAAGAGGGAAAUAACACCGUACUUUCGCUCGUCCUCGUUCUCGUCGUCCAUGGCUGGUUUUAUCGCCAAGGUCACCGUCUGCGUGGGUGCAGGUAGGUGCAAUCAAUCCCCCCACUCCUCUGAUUUUUAUCUCCAUCUUUGACUCAAAGCUGGUUUCUUGUUUGAUUAUGGUGUAAGGGCAUGUAAUUUUGUCCCGCAUCGAGGAUGAGUGGUUUAUUAGAGUUGAAGGAUUUAAGGUUUUAGAUAAAACCUGGGUUCUUGUGAAGUUUUAAUGGGUUUUAGUGCAAAUUUUGAUUAUAAUAUAUACAUCCGUUUGCU